AACGCUUCUGGUUUCAGGGAAAUCGGACUCCUCGACUCUGCAUCUGGCCACUGUUGCAUUCGAGGCAUUGAAGCCUUCAACUGUCAGUGUUUCGUUGGAAUCGCUACUCCUUUGAGUUUGUCCAUCUUUCUGAUCGUUUCUGUUCGAUUUCGCUCUUUGCCUUCGUUGUUGAACAAUGCCGAAAAUUGUAUUGUAUUGCCAGUAAUCGUUGCUUCAUUUUCUUCUCCUAAACCUACGGCACAGCAAAACCCCUUCACCCCGCUAACUCAAAACCAAUAUAGAGGCGAUAACUGUCUGUCUGAUCAUUGAUUGUGUAUUUACGGAUAGCAGCGGGUGCCGAAACCCUUCCAGACUCGGAAAUUCCAGCAAUCAAUCGGGUGGCCUGCAUUUGUGCAGAACCUACCACUAGUUCGAAUUCCGUUGGUUUGUAUGGUUUCAGAAAGAGAACGAUGUUUGAAGGUCUUGUUCGCCAGCUGCUUGUGGGUUAUCUUGGCCGAUACAUCAAGGACAUACAGAAAGAACAACUUAAGAUCACCCUAUGGAAUGAGGAAGUAUUAUUGGAGAAUGUAGAGUUGAUUCUUGAAGCUUUUGAUUAUCUCCAGUUGCCAUUUGCUCUAAAGCAAGGUCGAGUUGGGAGGUUAAGUAUCAAAAUCCCAUGGAAAAAACUUGGUUGGGACCCUAUUAUAAUUACUAUAGAGGAUGUAUUUGUUUGUGCCUGCCAGCGGGAUGACCAAGAGUGGAGUAUGGAUGCAGUUGAAAGGAGAGAAUUUGCUGGAAAGAAGGCUAAACUUGCUGCAGCAGAGCUGGCUAAAUUGUCAAGACGUGUUUGUGAUAAUCAGGCUGGGCAAUCAUUUAUUUCAUACAUUACUGCGAAGAUUCUUGAUGGAAUUCAAGUCUCCAUCAGAAACGUUCAUGUUCUCUAUCGUGAUAUGCUGACUGAAACGGCUCAAACUGUGUUCGGUGUGAAGCUUUCCAGCUUGACAAUAAUGAGGCAUAAUCUUUCUGGUGGAAAGGGGAGAGGUGGUCAAGUAAACAAAAUUGUGGAGAUCCAAGGUUUAGAAAUUUAUUGCAGCACUUUCCAAGGAACUCUUGACUUGAUGAGAGUGGACAUUGUGGGAGACCCAAAACUUUGGGGCAAUGCAGCUUUUGAAGGCCAUAAAUAUGUCUAUCUUUUAGCUCCAGUUGAUGCAUCCAUCUCUUUGUUGGUAAGCAGAUCAGGAAAACAUGAAAGUGAUACUCCAGAGUAUUCUAUCAAUGCCGAGUUAAAAGGAUUGGUGGUGUCUUUGAAUGAGGUUCAGUUGCAACGCAUCCUGACUCUAUGGGAUCAUUUAUGCAUUUGUCAACUGAGGGAGAAGUAUGGACGUUUUCGUCCCUGGAAUAAUCCUUUAUCAAUAGAAAAGGGUUGGCAAACAAGGUGGUGGCAGUAUGCCCAACAAUCUAUUCUCUCUGAUGUUAGAAAAAAGUUAAAGAAAACGUCUUGGAAGUAUCUUGGUGAAAGAUUAAACCGUCGCCGCAAGUAUGUGAGAUUCUACAAGACUAAGUUAAAGUGUCUCCGUGAGGAACAGGUUAUUGAUGAUGCCAUUCUUCGGGAGUUGGAGCAAAUGGAAAAGGAAACUGACAUAGAGGAUAUCUUAAACUAUAGGUCUACUGCUGAAACUGAGUUACAGGAGUUUCUACUGACUACAAACUCAAGCUUGGGAGUGAUUGGUACCAGCACUAGUGUAGAAAAGUCGCUUAUUGACGAGCGUUCCUUUAGCAAGCCUCGUGGGUGGUUGAACUGGCUGUCACGUGGCAUGCUUGGGGCUGGAGGAACUGAUGAUUCGAGCCAAUUCUCUGGUGUUAUUUCAGAUGAAGUUAUCAAGGAUAUUUAUGAGGCAACAAAGUUCCAACCUGUGCCUUCACCUGAUGGGACUUUUGUUGGGGAUGAUAUUGUCGUUUUCUCUGAAAUCAAGUUUCACAUUCAUGAAGCCUCAGCAACACUAUGUAGCACGAAGUUUGGUCGUGCAAUUGCCAAGUUAAUUUUUGAGGGGAUGGUUAUCGAGUGCAAGCUUCGAGAGGAAUCUGCUGCCAUUCUGGGCUCAGUCAAUAGUGGGAGGAUAAUUAAUCCACUUAGCAACCAGGACAUUUUCCUUAUGCAAAAGGCUGUGUCUGAAAAAGAUGAACUCGAAACUGAGAGAACUUCUGCAAGUGUUGAAGUUGAUAUUUCUUCGAGUAACCAAGAGGUUAAGUUAUUGGUGAAGGUCAUGCUUCAGCCACUUGUGGUUACCUAUGAUUCAAAGUUUUUAUGGAAUGUCCUGGAGUUCUAUAAUGUGCUAGAAACCUUUGAAUUUCAUCAUGAAAGGGUCAUGUUGUCCCUAAAUGGAUUUGAGGAUGUAAGGGCACGUCUACUGGCAAAAGCUGAAUACAUUUUAUCAGGUCGUAAAAGGGUGGCUUGGGAUGUCAAUUUUGUGGAUGUUAAAAUAAAUAUUCCAUGGACAAAUGCUAAUUCAGAACCAUAUGAAAUGGUAGUUGAAAUGGGAACUCUUUUUUUUGUGUCCAAAAGGGAUUUAAUUUUGUCUACUUCUGAUAUUGAUGGCCUGUCUUACAUCCUGAGGAACUCUACUAAUUCUGUCUUCACCGAUGCCAUUUCUAUGGAGAUCCAACUUGAAGAUCUGUAUGAUUGCUUUGAAAUCAAAGUAGAUGAUUUUCAGGUGAAGGUAAUAAUUCAUUACCAUUCUGGAGCUGUCUCUCUGCUGGAGAAAGUCUCUGCCACCAUUAGCUUGGCAUCCUGCAUUGUCCCUGACAAAUCAAUCUUAAAGCAGUUGAAGGUUGGCAUUAUUAUACAGUCACUUCAUGCACACUUUUCUCCUUCAAUUUAUGGUUCAGUCCUGGGAUUGCUUGGAGAUCUAAACGCACACUCGAAGUUCGACUUGGCUAUUAUGCCAAAAGUAAAUUCAGUUUUCAUGUCAAGUGAACGGACUACUCCAGAACCUUUUCGUUAUUCCAUCAAUGCACAUUUGGAGUCCUUCAAUAUGCAUAUUGACCUUGAAAAUGAUAAAGAAAAUGGAUGCACUCUUUUGCUCAAUCUACACAAGUUAGAUAUUAGGUAUGCUUUAAUGGAGUUGAAGGAGUGCUUUGUCUCCAUGAAGAUGUUGAAGAUAAUCUCUUACCCAAUUAAUGGUGAUAAGGAUGGCCAUAUGCUAUGUUCAGUGGGUAAUCCUUUUCCUGUGCAUGAAGAAGCCAUAAGUGUUGAACACAGUGAUCGAAGUAGCAAUUGUGGCAGCACAAGCACAUCUGCAGAUGGAUGCCUCCUUUUACACUAUAAGGAAUGCUUGAAUUCAGACAAAAAGUUUCACAAGUUCACAACAUGCUUCAAUGAUGUUGAUCUUCACUGCUACCCAUACGCUAUCCGAUCACUGGUUGAAUUUUCUGAUAAAAUACUUCAGUGUAGUACAUCUCACGCUGUUGAGAAUUCAACUAGCAUUUCAGUGGAUGAUGAAAAUCCCACAUCAAUGCAGUGUUUUGAAUUUGAGAAGUUUGGUUUCUCAAAUUCCCGUGAAACUGAAACCUCUGAAUGGGCCAGCAUUCCAUUGGGCAGCUUUCCAUUUGUUAGAAUCUGUAACUUUGAUUCUCUUAGUAACCUUGACAAUUCCCUUGCCCACAAUAUCUCUGAGUGGAGAAAAAAUUUUAAGCCGAGGGAAGGAAAAAUUAGAAGUCCUAAAUUAAGUGGAAGAGGAUCAAAAAUGUCCUAUGCCUUGGCACUGAAAUCUGGUUUGGGUAAAGAUCCAGUAGCUUUGUCACAAUUUACUGAUGUAAUUGUUGAUUUAGAUCUCAGCAGAAUCAGGAUACAUUUUCAUGAUUACUCAUGCAUUAUUGGAACUGUUUCUUUACCUACCUUUAAAUCUUCGCUCUCUAGCUGUAGUGAUUCAUUGGAUAUGUUGUGUUCUACCAAAGGAUUGACUCUAUAUUCAUCUUGGUUUGCACGGAAUAUCCACGAUUUUUUGUGGGGUCCCUCUUUAGCAAAUCUUUCUCCUAUUCUGAAUGUACGGGUGAGGAAACAAAGUGGUGGAACAAUGAGAUCCCAGUUUGAAAUAAGUGCAAGUAUUCAGAAUGUCUCCUGCAGUUUACCCCCUGACUUUUUAGCCAUGGUAAUUGGUUAUUUCUCAUUACCUGAUUGGUGCCCCAAGGGAAAUGGGCAGACUUUUACCGAGGAUGUGAAGCCUGUGGACUUGGAAAACAAUAGUGCAAUUGCCUAUAAGCUUGAGGUGUUGGACUCCAAUUUGGUUGCACCUGUGGAGAGUGAUAAUCCCAGGUUGUUAAAGCUUGAAAUUCCACAGUUUUUCUGUAGCUUCAUCCUGGAUAGCAGUUCGGAUAAUGUACUGAUGGACAUUCCUCCAGAAUGUGUGGUUGCAGCAAAUAAAAUAUCAGAGAAAAAUCGCUGUUUAAAUAUGUCUGGACGGGAUUUGUCGCUCUCACUUCUCUUAGAUGAUUAUGAAUUUGGUUGCCCAGUAGUUGAUCAUGGUAGCGAACAUGGAUAUAUUACCUUUAUUGCGCCAUUCAGUGCUGAUAUGUGGAUCAGAAUACCAUAUGGAAAUGACUCUAGUGUUACAUUUGUUGGUUCAACAUGUAUCAUGGCUAGGAUUAACAAUUGUCAACUUAUUGCUAAAGAUCAUUUCAUUUUUAUUGGGUUUGAAGCACUGCUUGAUGUCAUUGAUCAGUUUUCCUUCGUCGAUAGAAAAUCUGAAGGUUUCAGAUCUGAUGUUCUACAGUUUCUCCAGUUCAAGAAGAGUAUGAAGGAGAAUGGUGCAUUUCUACCAAAAGCCACAAAUGUGGCCUUCACAGAAAUCAGAUGUUUUGUUAAUUUAUUGUCAAUAAAUUUCUAUCACUCAAAAAGUGAUUCGGUCCCCUUUGAACUGCUUGCUAGGGCUGAUAUGCAACUCUUUUUUUCUGCUUCAUUGAAAAAUGAGAUGCCCCUGUUGAUGGAUGCUUCUUUCCACUCACUAGCAUUGGUUUCACACCUUAAUUCUGUUAUAUUAGCAGAAUGCAUCUCUUCUUGGCCAAUGUCAUCAAUCCUUGACAUUCAUCUUUCAGUGCAGCAUCAUGGUCAAUAUGAGCUCCGUGUUUCCUUACCUUCGUUGGGUAUUUGGUUACAUUUGUCUGACUGGACUGAGAUAAUUGACUUAUUCAGUUCCUACCCUAGAAAGCUGGCCAGAACUUCGAGUUUGGAUGUGCCAAAGAAUGCCGUUCAAAUUGAAAAUAGGACUGGAACUGUUGGCAAAAGUUCUCCAUCUCAGCAUGCUUCAAGGUAUUUUGAAUCUGAAAAUAGGUGGCAAAAUUCAAUUCUCCUUAUUGUGAAGUUGGAAAGUUUAGGAAUUACCAUUCAUAUUCCUGCCUUGCUGAGCAGAGAAGCAUUUGGCAUAUACAGGGAUCCCCAAGUUGAGGAAGAGAGGCCUGUGAGUGAAUCAAAUGUAGAUGAUGAAGUUUUUGAUAAUGUUAUUGCAGUUACCUUGCAGAGUAGAGAUAGCGAACUGGUUUUUAGUGGGAGAACUGCAAAAAUAAAAUCAAACUUGGAAAAAAUAAAUGGAACAAUGGGGGUUCCGAAGGGCAAGGGUUCCCCUUCAUGGCCUCUUUUUGAGUUUUCUAGAGUGAAUGUUGAGGCUGAGAUAAAUGAACUGGACCUUUUACAUACCAAUUUGGAGGUUCAAUGUGAUAGUCUAGAAAUAUGGUUUUCAUAUCACAUAUUCUACCUGUGUAAACAUAUGAGGUUCAGAUUUCCUGAAACAGGGUCUGGUCAAUUUACUUUUAGUGGUGGUGGUCUCAACAUCAAACUGAAGAAAAUUUCUGUUUUGCUGACUGAUGGAAGGUGGAGCUAUAAAGGACCUCUCUUGGAAAUUCUUAUGAGAAAUCUGUUCUUACAUGCUCACUUGACUGAGAACAGAUUAGAGGGAGUAAUUGCAGGUGACCUACAAGUGAACUAUAAUAAUAUUCUCAAGGUUUUGUGGGAGCCUUUUGUAGAGCCUUGGAAGUUUCAGUUGAGCAUUACUAGAAUACAUGAGAAGAGUCCUCUUCUAAACAGUUCUAUCAUGACACGAGUCCAUCUCGCAUCCACGGCACAGCUUAACUUGAAUGUUACUGAAUCUCUCGUUGAGGCCAUUUUCAGGGCAACUGAGAUCAUUAAGGAUGCUUGGAGUGUGAUCGGGCUUAAGGGUCUUUCUGAAAGACAAAGUUCAUUAAAUUCACAGACUUCUGAAAAUAUGUAUACAGGACGAUAUGCUCCAUAUACACUACUAAAUUUGACCUCCUUGCCUCUUGUAUUUCACGUCUGCCAAGGGCCAAUAUGUGCUGAUGAUAUGAAUAUAUCAAUGUUGAAAGAUGGUACUUUUGUGAACCCAGGUUCGUCUGUCCCAAUUUAUAUUGAUGAAACUCCAGAGGAGCAACUUCUUCGCUACAGGCCAUCAAAUUCCUCUGAUAGGCUGACUGACAAGCAAUUUAAUGGGUUGGGACAUCAUUAUAUUGUUAUCCAAUUUGAUGGGACAUCUAUGCCUUCAACACCCAUUUCAAUGGAUGUUGUAGGUGUUAGCUACUUCGAGGUUGAUUUUUCGAAGUCAUCUUAUAAAAUAGAAGAAGAUAAUAAUGGGGAUGCUCAAAAAAGUAAUAAACAUGUUGAUGAGCUUGACCGAUCAGAUUCAAAAUGUGGCUUUGUCAUUCCUGUGGUAUGUGAUGUUUCAGUGCAGCGGUAUUGUAAGCUUGUACGGUUGUACUCAACGGUUAUUCUCUUCAAUGCAACUUCAGUACCAAUUGAGCUACGGUUUGAUAUACCAUUUGGGGUAUCUCCAAAGAUCCUAGAUCCAAUAUAUCCUGGCCAGGAGUUCCCUCUGCCUCUACAUUUGGCUGAAGCUGGUCGUGUUAGAUGGCGUCCACUUGACCAGAAUUACCUGUGGAGUGAAGCUCAUAAUAUCUCAAAUAUUCUUUCUCAUGAAAAUAGGAUUGGGCAUUUCCGUUCCUUUGUUUGCUAUCCAUCCCAUCCAAGUAGUGAUCCAUUUCGUUGUUGCAUAUCAGUGCAACAUAUAUACACUCCUUCAACUGGCACACCUGAGAAAUUUUCAGCACUUAACACUAAUAUAACCGUGAAGCAUUCAGUUGAAAAUAGUGGCCAACUAUCAUGUCAUCUGGCAAAGUCAAAGAAACAUUUCAUUCACCAAGUAAAGUUAAGUAGUCCUUUGGUACUACGAAACUAUCUUCCGAAGGAAAUUUCUUUCACAAUAGAAAGUGGUGGUGUUACACGUAGCGCUUUACUUUCAAAGAUGGACACUUCAUUUUUCCAUAUUGAUUCUUCACAUGACCUGGGAAUAGCUUUCAAUGUACAUGGGUUUAAGCCUUCAACCCUGAAAUUUCCACGUUCAGAAUCUUUUAGUGGAAGUGCCAAAUUCAGUGGAACAAAAUUUUCUUUCUCUGAAACCAUCACCUUCAAUCCUGACUUUUGUGAUGGUCCUCUGAAUAUUAUGGUGGAAAAAGUGAUGGAUCCAUUUUCUGGAGCUCGCGAAAUCUGCAUUUUUGUUCCAUAUUUGUUGUAUAAUUGCACUGGCUUUCCACUUAUUAUUUCGGACUCUGUAAACGAGAUAAAAGGACAUCGCUGCGUCAUUCCUUCUUGUUAUGAUUUGGGUGAGCAGAACCUUCUUCUAGGCAGAAAAGAUGGUCUGGGUCUUCUAUCUUCUGUCCAAGAUUUGAGCACAACAGACGCACCUAAUGACGCUUCAGGAAAUUCUUUUUCAAAAACUUGCAUUAUCUCUAACAGGAGAAGUAUGUAUCCAUGCUCAGGGAAGCUUUUAGGAAAACCCACAAUCUCUUGUCCAUUUAUAAUAUCUCAUGAGAGUUCAGGUAAACAUGAUUUAGAAGCCAAAACAGCCUCUCUGAACCAUCCAAUUGUUAGGUUGAAUUCAAUGAUCAAAUCUAAUGCAAGCCAUUCCAAUCUGGAAGAGAUUGACUGUGGAAAGGUUGAAGCUUGCAUGUAUUCUCCAGACCCCAAAUCCUCCUCCACUGAAAUCACAGUUAGAGUUAGUAGGUAUCUGCCUGAAUAUGCCACCAAAAACAUGCCAAACAGUUCCUGGUCAAGCCCUUUCUUUCUUGAUCAACCAACUGCUUCAACAAAUGUUCUGAUUCCUCAGUUAUCCACAAAUGCCGCAUAUGUAAUAUCUGUUACUUCAACUUCAGUACCUGGGCCAUUUUCUGGAAGGACAAGAGCCAUCACUUUCCAACCGAGAUACAUACUUAGUAAUGCAUGCAGCAGGGACUUAUGUUAUAAGCAGAGGGGAACAGAUUCUAUUUUCCAUUUAGGAAUUGGAAAACAUUCCCAUCUUCAGUGGAUAGAUACAACAAGGGAAUUACUAGUUUCUAUUCGUUUCAACGAACCGGGAUGGCAAUGGUCAGGGUGCUUCUUUCCAGAUCAUCUAGGUGAUACUCAGAUGAAAAUGCGGAAUUAUGUUUCUGGUGCCGUAAAUAUGAUUCGUGUGGAAGUGCAAAAUGCUGAUGUUUCCAUUCAAGAUGAAAAAAUUGUUGGAAGCCUCCAUGGAAAUUCAGGGACGAACUUGAUUUUGUUGUCGGAUGAUGAAACAGGUUUUAUGCCUUAUAGAAUCGAUAACUUUUCAAAGGAGAGACUACGAGUUUAUCAACAAAAGUGUGAAACUUUUGAAACAAUUAUCCAGUCUUACACCUCAUGCCCGUAUGCUUGGGACGAACCUUGCUAUCCACACCGCCUCACUGUUGAGGUGCCUGGAGAGCAUAUUUUGGGAUCAUAUAUUAUUGAUGAUGUGAAAGAGUAUCCACCUGUAUACCUGCCUUCAACUUCUGAGAAGCCUCAAAGAAGCAUGGUUGUCUCUGUCCAUGCUGAAGGAGCAAUAAAGGUUCUCAGCAUAAUUGAUUCAAGUUACCACGUCUUAAAUGAUGCAAAGAAUCUGCGUUUCACCCAGAUCAAAGAAAAAAGAAAACACAAUCAGAAACAGGAAACUUCUUUUGAUUUCACAGAAAACAUUUCUGUUGCUAUUCCAUUUAUUGGGGUCUCGUUAAUAAAUUCUCAUCCACAGGAAUUGCUUUUUGCAUGUGCAAGGAAUAUAAUGAUAGAUCUGUCACAGAGUCUAGAUCAACAGAAGUUAUCCUUCCAAAUUUUAUCUUUGCAAAUUGAUAAUCAGUUGUCUAGUACACCAUACCCCGUGAUCCUAUCCUUUGAUUGUGAAUACAGAAUUCACAUGGCUGGCCAAACAUCAAGUAGAGAUGAUAACACAAAGAUCAAAAGUGAAAGUUUGACACAAAUUACUUCUGAGAAUCCAUCUGAGCCUGUCCUCUGCUUAACUGCAGCAAAGUGGAGAAAUAGAGAAGCCUCGCUGGUUUCAUUUGAAUAUAUAAGCUUAAGACUGACAGAUUUCCAUCUUGAGCUUGAGCAAGAAAUCAUACUAGGUUUAUUUGAUUUCUUCAGAUCCAUAUCUUCAAGGCCCCAGGUCGACGUUCUGAGUAAUAUAGGCUCUGCAUUGCAUCCUCUUACCUCUGAUCUGGGUUCCAUCAAGGAGUCCCCUGCACUGGACGGGGCUCAUAAGCAUGUUCAGACAUCCCAUUCAACAAGUAAAACUGAAGUUGUUGAAAACUGCAGAACAGGCCCUUUGCCACCUUCAGUAGUUCCUAUUGGAGCUCCUUGGCAGCAGAUUUACCUUUUAGCCAGAAGACAGAAGAAAAUAUAUGUUGAAAUGUUUGAUUUGGCACCAAUUAGGUUUAGUUUAAGCUUUUCCAGUACCCCUUGGAUGCUUAGAAACCGGGUUCUCGCAUCAGGAGAAUCUCUUAUCCAUAGAGGCCUUAUGGCUCUGGCUGAUGUUGAGGGAGCACAAAUUUACCUCAAACAGUUGACCCUUGCACACCAUAUGGCUAGCUGGGAGUCCAUUAAGGAGAUCAUUUUCAGGCAUUACACUCGCCAACUUCUUCAUGAGACAUAUAAGGUGUUUGGUUCUGCGGGUGUAAUUGGUAACCCAAUGGGAUUCGUGAGGAGCAUGGGCCUUGGUAUCAGAGAUUUUUUGUCAGUUCCUGCUAGGAGUGUUAUUCAGAGCCCGGCCGGACUUAUUACAGGGAUGGCACAAGGAACAACCAGUCUUCUAAGUAAUACAGUAUAUGCCAUAAGCAAUGCAGCCACUCAAUUUACUAGGGCAGCCCACAAGGGUAUUGUGGCUUUUACAUUUGAUGAUCAAGCUGUUGCAGGAAUGGAAAAGCAACAGAAGGGUACAUCCUCGCAUGGCAAGGGCGUGAUAAAUGAAUUCUUAGUGGGACUCACUGGCCUGCUCCAAUCACCAAUUAAAGAAGCUGAGAAACACGGUCUGGUGGGAGUCCUCUCAGGCGUAGCCCUUGGAGUAACAGGGCUUGUAGCCAGACCAGCAGCUAGUAUCCUUGAGGUUACUGGAAAAACUGCACAAAGUAUUAGAAACAGAAGCAAGCUGCACCAUCCCCAACGCUUGAGGGUCCGGCUCCCUAGGCCUCUAAGUAGGGAACUUCCUCUAAGGACUUACUCCUGGGAUGAAGCAGUUGGAACAUCCAUACUUUCAGAGGCUGACAAUGGAAAACUGAAAGAUGAGCUGUUAAUUAUGUGUAAGGCACUCAAACAAGGUGGCAAAUUCGUAAUCAUCACAGAGAGACUUGUCCUAAUUGUAGCUUGCUCCAGCUUAGUGGAUUUGGGUAAACCAGAAUUUAGAGGUGUUCCUGCUGAUCCCGAGUGGGUAAUAGAGGCAGAGAUUGGAAUGGAUAGUAUAAUCCAUGUUGAUACAUAUGGAGGAGUUGUACACAUUGUUGGUAGCAGUUCGGAUCAGUUAUUGAGACAGAACCAGUACCAACUCAAAAGAGGCGGUGGUGGGAUGAGGGGCAAACGGUGGAACAAUCCUUCCAUGCCGCUCCCACUAUACCAGACUAACUUGGAAUUCAAUUGCGAAGAAGAGGCUGAGGAAUUGUUACAAGUUCUGUUGUCUGCAAUAGAAAAGGGGAAGGAACGCGGCUGGGGCUGCAUCAAUAUUGUGCAUCAAAGUAAUCUAAAAUAGAGCAGGAAAGUGGGUUGCCAUGCAAUGAGGGGACAAACAGAGCUGGUUUUGUUUAGGGCUCGGCAGUUGUGUCCUCGCCGCCAACACUAGUUCAUCUUUUAUACAAUUUCCCUUUUUCCCCCACUCCCUUUUGUCCCAUUUAUUUUUCUCUUUGCCAGGUUAUUGUAUAGAUACACAUUUUUAAUUUUAAGUGCUGUAUAGAAUCUGUACAUUUUGCUCACACUUGGAUUCCUAUGUGUCAUGUAAGUAAAUUCAUCCAUACGAGCUGAAGAAUCUGAACUGUGAACAUUCAGCUAGAGAGGAAUGAGGACUGAGGAAGGAGACUGGUAAUGACCGUAGGGAGGAAAGGCAAGACGACACUGCUGAGAAUUUUACAUUGUUUGAUCCAAAACCAGUUGAAAAGAUCUUGAGCUUUCUGAAUGCCAUUAAGGAAAACAGAGAGGGUGGCCAAUUUGUUUUAUUUUAGUUUCAGUUAUGAAUAACUAGCUAGUUGGUAUAUUGAUUUUAUUUGUAAUGCACUAUUCAUUCAAAGAGAAAUAGCUGACUAAUUUCUGAAAAUACCUUAAUUAAUGGAUGAAUUGUCUUGUUGAGGAGCU